CUCCUCCCCGCUGGGCGCGUCAUGGCGGGCGAGGUUAUUAAAUGCAAGGCUGCGGUCGCUUGGGAAGCAGGUAAACCCCUCUCGAUUGAGGAGGUGGAGGUUGCUCCACCAAAAGCUCAUGAAGUUCGUAUCAAGAUAGUUGCCACUGCUGUCUGUCACACUGAUGCCUAUACUCUGAGCGGUGCUGAUCCGGAGGGAUGUUUCCCUGUGAUCCUGGGUCAUGAAGGUGCAGGGAUUGUAGAGAGUGUUGGAGAAGGAGUAACAAAAGUAAAGCCAGGAGAUACAGUUAUACCUCUGUAUAUCCCCCAGUGUGGAGAAUGCAAGUUCUGUAAGAAUCCUAAAACUAAUCUGUGCCAGAAGAUAAGAAUCACACAAGGGAAAGGACUCAUGCCUGAUGGUACCUGCCGAUUCACCUGCAAAGGGAAGCAGAUUUAUCACUUUAUGGGCACAAGCACCUUCUCCGAGUACACUGUGGUGGCUGAUAUCUCAGUGGCCAAGAUAGAUGCUGGGGCACCCCUGGAUAAAGUGUGCCUGCUGGGCUGUGGCAUCUCCACUGGCUACGGGGCUGUUGUGAACACUGCUCAGGUGGAACGUGGCUCUACCUGUGCUAUCUUUGGUUUAGGAGGUGUUGGCCUGGCAGCUAUYAUGGGCUGUAAAGUAGCAGGUGCAUCCCGGAUCAUUGGCGUUGAUAUUAAUAAGGACAAGUUUGCCAAAGCCAAAGAGUUUGGAGCCACUGAGUGCAUUAACCCUCAAGACUUCAAGAAGCCCAUUCAGGAAGUGCUGGUUGAGAUGACUGAUGGGGGAGUCGACUAUUCGUUUGAAUGCAUUGGUAACGUGGGAGUCAUGAGGGCUGCCCUCGAAGCCUGCCACAAAGGCUGGGGAGUCAGUGUCAUAGUCGGAGUUGCUGCUUCGGGACAGGAGAUCUCCACUCGGCCAUUCCAGCUGGUAACGGGGCGCACGUGGAAGGGCACCGCGUUUGGAGGCUGGAAGAGUGUAGACAGCGUCCCGAAACUGGUGACUGACUACAUGUCCAAAAAGAUCAAAGUUGAUGAGUUUGUGACUCACAAUCUGCCUUUUGACAAAGUUAAUGAAGCUUUUGAGCUGAUGCAUUCAGGAGAGAGCAUUCGAAGUGUCCUAAAGCUUUAGAGCCAAGCAUGGACCGUCCAGUUGGUCAGCAAUGUGGUCACCGUCCAUUUUGAAUGGAAUUUCUGACAGUGUGAAGACUCACAGGGACUAGAAAGACAAAGUAUCUUAGGAGAAGUAUUGUUAGUAGUAAAUAACCUGCUUUUUGACAAAACAAUCAAAAACAAUCAAAAACAACCACUGAAUAAUGUUACAUAAUUAAUCCUAAUCUUGAAACUCUGUACUCAUUCCUUAAAUGUAGUGCUUAUUUCUCAAGCUACUUAUUAAAAUACAAUUUCUAGUCA